AUGGCGGCGGUUGUGGCGGCCGCUCGCGCCUUGUCCGCGGCGGCUCUGUCGGGCGGGCUUCGGGCGCUGCAGGAGGGCGGCGGCGGCGGCGGCUCUGUCGGGCGGUGCUGCCGGCGGUGGAAGCGGCGAGGCGGCUGGGCGGUGCCCGGGCGAGCGCUGAGCGCGGGGGUCCCUCCUCAGGUGCCCCCUCAGGCGGUCGGGGUGGGGCUGACGGAGGCCGUCCUGAGGGACGCUGUCAAGCAGCAGCAGCAGCAGCAGUCAGCAGAAGGUGAAGAUGGAAGAAGUUCUGAGGAGCAGCAAGAGAAGAAGCAGAAGGAGAAUACUGCCUAUGCAAAGAAGAUGGUCCUCAGGAUAGCAGGGCUUAUGGGAGCUGGCAGUGGCGUAGCAAUUAUUUACAUCUUUGGUAGCAAUUCGGUGGAUGAGCAUGGUGUCAAGAUCCCCGAUGAGUUCGAUAACGAUCCGGUAGUGAUCCAGCAGCUCCGAAGAUCAUACAAAUACUUUAAAGAUUACAGGCAGAUGAUCAUAGAGCCAACCAGUCCUAAGCUGCUCCCAGACCCCCUGAAGGAACCUUAUUACCAGCCCCCUUACACUCUAGUCAUCGAACUCACAGAUGUUCUCCUUCAUCCGGAGUGGUCGUUAGUGACCGGCUGGCGCUUCAAGAAGAGGCCAGGCAUCGACAACCUGUUCCAGCAGUUGGCACCUCUCUUUGAAAUCGUCAUCUUCACCUCUGAAACGGGCAUGACCGCUUUCCCCCUCAUCGACAGCGUGGACCCUCAUGGGUUCAUCUCCUACCGGCUUUUCCGCGAUGCCACCCGCUACAUGGAUGGGCACCACGUGAAGGAUAUUUCCUGCCUGAACAGAGAUCCUUCGAAAGUGGUGGUGGUGGACUGCAAGAAGGAGGCCUUCCGCCUGCAGCCCUUCAACGGCAUGGCUCUGAAGAAGUGGGACGGGAAUUCAGACGACCGGACACUCUUCGACCUUGCCGCCUUCCUGAAGACCAUUGCCUUGAGUGGCGUAGAAGACGUCCGGACAGUGCUGGAAAACUACUCCUUGGAAGAGGACCCCCUGGAGGCAUUCAAGCGCAGGCAGUCACAGCUGGAACAGGAGGAGCAGCAGCGCCUCUCUGACCUCUCCCAGCACAAGAAGCAGCAGCAGCUCUUCCUGGGCUCCCUGGCAAGCCGCCUGUGGCCUCGCUCCAAGCAGCAGUGACGCCUUCGAGGGACAGCCACGCUGCCCGCAGAAACGGACUCCUCGGCCGCUCUGGUCUCUGGAGGUGGCAGCCACACCCGAGGGUGCGGCACAGACUUUGCCCCCCCCCCAAGCCAGGGGCUGCAAGAGCUGGCACCCUCCGUCUCAUCCUUCCUUGAAGUUCCAGCAGCAAUAUCCCCACCGAGGCCUGGACCGCUGUGUGCAUGGACUGGGGUCUCUCUUUUUCCCAGGGGAGGAACUCUUCUGGAGCACCGGGGUCUGUGGUGACCUGUUGAGCAGCCUCUCCUGUGCGCAGCCAAGGAAGUGAGCCUCGCCAUCCUAGCCAGGAAAGGGGGGAAGAUUGGGGGGGGGGGCGCAGUGUUCUCCUAGAUAGCCUCCAGACCGGUCUCUCGCAUCCUGUUAUCAUGUUCCCUUCAGGCUCCAGGCCGUGCUGCUACUCUUCUGGGGCAAACAGAAAUGAAUGUUGGGUGUACUCUGAAAUAAAUGGCCACCUUUCUAGCGAA